UAGAAAUUCCAACGGGCAGAUUUUAUAGAAGCGGCAUCUGAAAAAGUUGAUCACCACAACUGCAUUAAUUUCAUACAAUUCUUGCCUUUUUUUACUAGCAUAUACAUACUUAGGCUAAACCUAAGAUCUGUGCGCAUGCCGUAUGUUGCUUGCGGAAGCAAUUAAUAAUUGAACUGUCGUCCUAUAUUCGAAAAACUCUUUCGAUAGAAUUGUGGGUUUUCUAAUGUAUGAGAUUUAAAGCGAUAUCUCGACUAGGUAUCGCAUUUCUUGCUCAAUUUGUUGAAGAAAAGGAUACUUGCCAAAAUUUAGAACAUGCUCAUAAUAGUACGGACCAUCAUGGCCAUUGGCAAUGUUAUUUGUUUUAUUACAAAUACACUCGUCAAUUGGUUUCUACCUCACAAACGACCAACUUACCCGCCAAUAGAGGAUGAACUGCUACUGAAAUCUGUGGGCGAACUUGUAUUAGAGCUGCGGCAGAAAAAGAUUACUUCCCAUCAGCUGGUGCAAGCGUAUAUCAUACGCAUUCAGGCCGUCAACCCUAGUCUGAAUGCAGUGCUUGAGAAUCGUUUUGAGCAUGCGCUUAAGGAUGCAAAGCAUGCGGAUAGCCUCAUUUCCAAGGCGAACAACGAGCAGUUAGUUGCACUCUUUGCACGCUACCCAUUGCUGGGUAUACCAUUUACGGUAAAGGAGUCGGUUGGGCUGAAAGGACUUUCAUUCGUGGUCGGAAACAUUUAUCGCAAAAAUAUUAAAUGUGAACAUGACAGUAAAGUUGUGGAACGACUGCGAUCUGCCGGUUGCAUACCACUUUUAGUGUCAGCGAGUCCAGAGUUCUGCAUGAGCUACGAGACAAACACCAAAAUGAAUGGAAAAUGUCGCAAUCCUUAUGACCUGAACAGAGUGUCUGGUGGCUCAUCUGGCGGAGAGGGUGCUCUAAAUGGCGCCGGCGCUACCCCGUUCGGUCUCGCAUCAGAUAUCGGCGGAUCCAUACGUUUACCUGCUAUGUUUUGCGGUGUAUUCGGUCAUAAAGCGACCGGUGGAUUGCUUUCGGUUGAGGGCAGCUUCCCCUACACAGAUGAUCCGGUAUUCCCGCAAUAUCUGACGACGGGACCAAUAACACGGUUUGCCAAAGAUUUGCCCAUACUUUUGCAAGUAAUGGCCGGCGAAAAUAUAGAGAAAUUGAAAUUUAAUGAACCAGUACAGCUAAAGGACAUUAAAAUAUACUACACUUACGGUUUCAACGGUUGUGCUGCACUUGUGCACCCACCCACUGAAUUCGAUAUACAAUUGGCCAUAACAAAGGCAGUCAAGUGCUUCGAAAAAGGAGGGCUCACCACAGCAAAGGUGAAAUUGGAUAAAUUUGCUCACGCCAGAGAAAUCGGUUUAGGCGCCCUCUCAGCAAUUCGCGGCAUACCGAGCGUAACAACUCAAAAUACACCAAAAAUAAGAACUUUAAUUUGGCAAUUGUUGCUUUCGCUUAUCGGAAAGUCAGUGCAUAAUCGUGACGCUUUAUUUAUGGAGUGGAUGCGAUUGAAGAAAGUGUAUAUGUCUACGGAGGAAUUGGAAGAACUUCGCAUUGAAGGCGAAGCACUAAAAGAGGAACUACAAAUGCUCGGCAACAAUGGCGUGCUUUUCUUGCCCACCUUUCCCACAUCAACUUUCGCCUUUAACACAGGCACGUUGAAUUUAGUGGGCGUAGGUCUCAUGCUACUGUUCAACAUACUUGGCCUACCAGCAACACAUGUCAACAUGGGCCUGAAUAAGCGAGGUCUACCAAUUGGCUUCCAGGUUGUUGCUGCACCGUAUCAAGAUAAACUAUGCCUACAAAUCGCUGCGGAGUUGGAGGGCGCCUUUGGCGGUUGGGUACCACCGCUGCCGAAUGACAUAAAAACAUAGCGUAAACAAACUGCUUACAUUUUUUGUUUAGAACAGAGUUGUCCAGAAGAAGCUUUUACUCUGUACAAAUCUAAAGCAAAAAAAAAGCUCUGCGUGUGUGCUUAGGCUAGGAAUAAGUUUAGAAAGCUUUAUACCUACAGUGGUGCUCACCUAAGUAUCAUAAUUUUAUUUUUUACAAUAUUCACAAUGUUUUACGUGAUACAUUUUUUUCGUAAAUUUUUUUUAUAAAAUUAUAGUAAAUUCUCCAUAUAAGUCAAAGUCUAAAACUUUGUAUACAGUUCAAAAAUAAAUUCAUCAAACUUUUCAACUCUUUUUCAGAUUCUUUUUAAAAACUUAUUGGGUAUGCAGUUUUGUAGGCUAUUAAAUUUUAGUAUAGUAAUGUGCAGGUUUG